AAUAACAAGAAGAAUAAGAAGAAGAGAAUAAGAAGAAGAAGACGAGGCGGCUGUGGCUGAAGUUUGCGUUAAAGAGCCUUUUGUUCCCGGGAUUUUCGUUAUAUACGUUUCGCAGAUCUGGGAAACACUGAAGCACGAUGACUCGCCAUGGAAAGAACUGUACGGCUGGAGCGGUUUACACAUACCACGAGAAAAGGAAGGAUACAGCGGCCUCUGGUUACGGGACACAGAGAGUGCGACUCGGCAGAGAUGCAGUCAAAGACUUUGACUGCUGCUGCCUGUCUCUGCAGCCCUGCCGGGAUCCUGUUGUCACUCCAGAUGGAUACCUCUAUGAAAAACAGGUCAUUCUUGAAUACAUCCUUCACCAGAAGACAGAAAUUGCCAAAAAAAUGAAGGCAUAUGAGAAGCAGAAGCAGGCGCUGAGGAGCAACAGCCAACUGGAGUCCAAGUCAGAGGAGAGAGAGAGAGUGGAGAGGUUUAAAACUAAGGAGAGCAGCAUUGUGUCCAAACCCAUCAACCCCUUCACAUCAGGGAAGAACGCGGGGAGCGAGACGGGCGGGACGCAGAGCAGCCCCGGAGAAUCAUCCAGUGCUGGCACGCCUGCCUCCUCCAGCCAGAGCCUGCCCAGUUUCUGGAUUCCUUCACUGACACCAGAGGCCAAGCCCACCACCCUCAAGAAACCAAGCAAGACUGUCUUAUGUCCAAUGUCUGGAAAACCCAUUAAAAUGAACGAGCUAAUCACGGUGCGCUUCACCCCGCUGGACCCAAGUCUGGAUCGGGUCGCCCUGCUCACCCGCCAGGACAGGUACGUGUGCGCAGUAACCAAAGACGUCUUGGGCAACAGUGUUCCCUCUGCUGUUCUUAAACCGUCAGGUGCUGUGGUGACGCAGGAGUGUGUCGAGAAGUUGAUCAGGAAGGACAUGGCCGAUCCUCUGACAGGAGACAAACUGUCUGAAAAAGACAUCAUACCACUGCAGAGGGGUGGAACUGGCUUUGCGGGUUCUGGGGUUGACCUCACAGCCAAAGAGGCUCGUCCAGUGAUGCAGGCAUGAAACGACCCAAGACUCCAGUGUUCUCAUAAGACUUCACUGGGCGUCCUUACUGUAGUUCUGUUAAGUGUAAAAGGGUGAGAUCGUUUUUGCAGCAUAUUUCAUCAUGUCUGAUCUUUUUUGUUUACGUAGCAUUGCCUUCUGAAUGACCUUUUUGUGAAUAUGCCUUCACUGAUCAUCUGCACAACGCAGAUAUUUGCAAAAGUUUUAGUUUUCAAGCUACCAUCCAAAUUUUGCAUUCUCAUGGAUUAAUGUAAGACAUUUAAAUAAAAUCCGUUUUAAAGCAA